AUGGAUUCUAAAGAGCAACUUCAAGAAGAUGAAUUUCAUCAUCCCUAUAAGCCUUAUUCCAUUCAAUUAGAAUUUAUGAGGGCUUUGUACAAUGUAAUUGAAAACAAAAAAAUUGGAAUCUUUGAAUCGCCAACCGGCACCGGUAAAAGUCUUAGUUUACUGUGUGCAUCGUUGACGUGGUUAGAGAAAAAGGGAAAUCUGCAUAUGGAAGUGGAUGAUCCUGAGGAAAAGACAAAUGAUUCUGUACCUUCAAAACAUGCUAUACCCGACUGGGUGAUUAUGCAGGAUCAAGAGUUGCAGGUAGAUCAGGCCAAAAGCGCACAUGCAUAUUUAGAGAAGCGACUCGAAAAAGUUCGCGAAAAGAAGAGAAAGGAAAGACUUUUACAGGAAACUAACUUUCGUUACCAAAAGGAUGCUCGUAAGAGACCUACACCCGUCGAUAUCACGAAUUCCUCGACGGCACCUUUAGCAAAAUCGACCAAGACUGCUCCGGCGACAGAUGAGUCAUUAGAGGAAUUUGUAGUUUCUAAUGAUAUUUCUCUACAAGAUGAAAAUGAAGAGUCAAUUCUUGGUCUGCAAAAAGGGUAUAGCUCCAAAGUAAUGGAUCUACUUCAUCGUUUACUUCCGGAAGAUGAAAAACUACCAACUGUUCAAAAAAUAUACUUUUCUUCAAGAACCCAUUCGCAACUUCGACAAUUCGUUCAAGAGGUACAAAAAUUGGAUACAUCAAAAAUUUCUACCCCUAUACGUGUAGUAUCACUGGCUUCUAGGAAAAACUUAUGCAUUAAUCCUAAAGUCCAAAAGCUAUCACCGACGUCUGCAGUAAACGAAAAGUGCAUUGAAUUACAAGGGUCUUCCGAAAAAUGCCCAUACAUGAAGGAUGAUACCCGAAUUUGGGAUUUUCGCGAUGAAGUUCUUGCAGAAGUUAUGGAUAUCGAAGACAUGGUUGGUUUAGGCCAAAAAAUGCAUGUUUGUCCGUAUUAUGGAGCAAGAGAAGCAGUCAAUUCUUCUCAAAUUGUAACGUUACCAUACCCUUUGCUCUUACAAGAAUCUGCUCGCAAUUCGCUAAAUCUUCCUUUAAAAGAUAAUAUCUGCAUUAUCGAUGAAGCCCACAACAUUAUUGAUGCAAUUUGCUCUAUGCAUUCUUCCUCUAUUUCGUAUAAGCAAGUAAGUCAGGCUGAGGUUCAGCUUGAGCAAUACUUGAGUCGCUUCAGCAAACGGCUGAACGGCACGAAUAAAAUGCAUGUUCGCCAGUUAGUAAAGGUUGUUGGAGAACUAAAGAAGUUUCUUGAAAAAAAUAUUCAACAAAAAUCUUCCAACAAAGUGUUGCUAAUUUCUUCAAUGUUUGUGUCGCAGUCUUCAGACCAAGUGAAUUUGCACCAUCUAAUCGAAUAUCUGUCUGUGUCGAAACUUGCACGGAAGGUGGAUGGGUAUUCCAAGUUUCUGUCAAAGUCAAAAGAAAACGUGUUGGAAGAAAGUUCACAAGAGUUUGAUUCAAGAAAGGAAGAAAAAGGCAACGAUGAGCAAGAAGAUAAAUAUACUCCUGUUUUGAUGCAGCUUGAAUCUUUCCUUUCUGCGAUAGCGAACCCGUCUCCUGAAGGAAAGCUAUUCUACGAAACACAGGAUUCCUCAAAUGCGUUUUUAAAAUAUAUGCUUCUGGAUCCAUCCAAACACUUUCAAAGCCUGACAGAUCAAUGCCGGUCUGUCACGUUGGCAGGAGGAACAAUGUCACCAUUAGAUGACUUUAUUGAAUUGUUGUUUUCGGAAUCACAAAGUCGAAUUGACGAAUUUUCUUGUGGGCAUAUCGUACCAAAAGAAAACGUUUUGACGUUGUUACUCUCGAAAGGACCUUCGCAAGUUCCAUAUGAGUUUUCCUAUCAAAAUCGCACUAGAGAAGAUUUGAUCAGAGAGCUUGGGAGAGCAUUGGUAAACUUUACUUCGCUGAUUCCCGAUGGUAUGGUAGUAUUUUUCCCAAGUUUUUCAUAUUUGCAAUUUAUCACCAACGUUUGGAAAGAUGACGGGACUCUGGACAGGCUUGAAAAGAAAAAGCCUGUGUUUAUAGAAGCAAAGGAUCACAGUGAAAAGACGCUGCAGUUGUUUGAUGAAUAUAGCGAAUCGGUGGAAGCUGGGCGUGGAGGAUUAUUGUUUUGCGUGAUUGGGGGACGCUUGUCGGAGGGCAUUAACUUUUCAGAUCGUUUAGGAAGAGCAGUGGUCGUUGUAGGAAUGCCAUUCCCGAAUGCACAUGAUAUCGAAUGGCAGACAAAGGUUGCGUAUGUGGAAGAAAAGGUGCGAGCAAAAGGACGAAAUGCAAAACAGGCGACACAAUUGUUUUACGAAAACACGUGUUUACGAGCAGUGAACCAAAGUAUUGGAAGGGCUAUUCGACAUCAAAAAGAUUAUGCAUGCAUCUUGUUGUUGGAUCAUCGUUACAAUCGGCCUAGUAUACGAAGCAAAUUGCCAGGAUGGCUACAAGAACAUUUAGAAGUUCCUAAUCAAUUUGGACAUGCCAUCCGUCAGGUGUCUACGUUUUUUCGCACAAAAAGGCAAUCCAACAAGUAA